GGAGGAUUGGGCUGGUCAUUUUCCAGAGGAAACCUCGAGGCGAGUCUACCUGAAGUCGGCAGGUGCCGGAGAAGAAAGUCCUGCCCGCCCCCUGGUCACCAUGGGCACUGGAAGGAUGUUCCCCCAGCCACUGACCAAGAAGGCCCUGGAGUCGGUGACGUUCAGGGAUGUGAUUGUGGACUUCACCCAGGAGGAGUGGCAGCAGCUGAGGCCCGCGCAGAAGGACCUGUACAGGGACGUGAUGAUGGAGAACUACUGGAACCUGGUGUCACUGGACUUGGAGACUAGACCUGACAUGAGAGAACUGGACCCACAGGAGGACAUUUAGAAAUACACACCAUCUGUUGCUGCGGUGGAAGGACCCACAAAGAAUGGUGCCUGGGUUUGUGUCUGUGAAGGAGCAGGGACACAGCGUGACUGGGUAGGGUGGCCACAGGGGAGCCCAGGAACUUGUCUGGGGCGGUUUGACAUGUCCCAGACAUUAGUCCAUGAAUGUCAUGGAUUUAAGGUAUUUGUGCACCGAAGCACUAUGCCGGCCCCUCCAAGAUGAGAAGGACCAAGAGGACCGGGGGUGCACCUGUUUGCGUGUGAAGAACUCAGGUACUUCAAGCUACUGUCCUCCCUCCAAGCUUUGCAGAGAAGAGAAGCCCUACGUGUGUGGGGACUGCGGCACAGCUUUCAGAUAUAAGCUGUCACCGAGGAAGCAUCAGCGAAUCCUCACCGGGGAGAAGCCCUCCUCGUGCACCGUGUGUGGGAAGCAGUUCAAGUGGCCAUUGUACCUCAGUAUCCCACAGCGCUUGCACACCCGGGAGAAGUCCUGUGAGUGCUCCAUCUGCCUGAUGCACUUGGCAAGGCUCUUGUCCCUGGCAGUGCACCAGGUAGACCACAUCGGCAAGACACCCUGCGGGUUCGGCAAGGCCUUUGUCAGGAACUUCUCACUCACCCUCCACCCGAGGAUCCACGGCGCAGAGGGGCCCCAUGAGUGUGGCAAGUGUGGGCAAACCUCCAGCCCGAACAUCACCCUUACCUGACACCACAGCAGGAUGUGCACGUACCACUGGGUGCAUUGGAUCUCAAAUCCAUUCCCGGUGGGCAAGACCUGAGUCCAUGGGCCAGUGCCAGACUUGACAUUGGAGCCCACGGGUAGAUGUAAGAGAAGUCCUGCCCCGACUGGUCUUGGGAAUGUGGGUGCUGGGGACAGGUCACGCUAUGCACGUGAGCUGCUACCAUCGUAUAUGCAGGGCUGGGUGGAAAGCAAGCCCCCCAAUGGCUCCAGUAUCUGGGAAUAUGGCCGGGUCACCGGGGCUCCAGACCCAGAUCUGGUAAACGGUUGUAGGAGCUUGGAUGACACAGUCUGUGUCUCUGGUCUUCACCUCCUGGACCGUAAAGUGGAGGAGAGGAAGGAGAAAGGAACAGGGGGAAGUGGGCUCCGUGGGGACGUUGUCCUUUGUGACACACGCCUGGAUCCAGUCCAGAGGUCAUGUUGUCGCCAUAUGUGUGUGUCUUCAUUUUCCAACACCCAGCCCCAGUUUUCCAGCAAGAACAGAACUUGCCAAGUGCAUCCUGAGGAGAAACAAAUUCUUGUCUAGUGUUAGGUAGUAACAGUAAUCACUUCAGAUUCCAAGGUUCCUCAUAGUGUUUUGUUAAAUUUUAUUUAUUUAUUUUUAAAAGAGUUUAUUUAUUUAUUUUUAGAGGGGGAGAGGGCGAAAGAGAGAAACAUCAGUGUGUGGUUGUCUCUCGUGCACCCCCAACUGGGAACCUAGCCUGCAAGCCAGGCAUGUGCCUUGACUGAGAAUUGAACUGGCAACCCUUUGCUUCAUAGUCCAGCACUCCAUCCCCUGAGCUACACCAGCCAGGGCUAAAUUUUUAUUUUAAUAAGGGAGACCCACAGCAUUUUGAACCAUCAGAUGUAAAAGAUAUAAAUAGCAGUUGUCCUGUCAAAAUGAUUAUCAGUGCUUCGGAGUGGGGGCACGAAUCGCCAACAGGAACCCCACAGACCCAGCAAGCCUGCCCCAGGUGGGAGGACACCUGCCCCUCCCAGCCCUGCAUUCCUGGCUUGGGAAUGGUCAGACCAGGUGGCAGGGCCCAGACCCUCAGGCUCAGAGAUGGGUUGAGAGUCUCCUGCAAAAACCCACCCAGGAGGCACCCCUCCCCACAGGGCUGUUUCAGUCCCUGGAGAAAAAUGACAGACUGUUCUCUACCCACCCCUUGCUGGUUGGUAUUCGUGUGAAAAUAAAGUGCCUUCAGUCUGGAGGGCACAUUUAACCUGUGCCUUACCCUCGGCCUUAGUCAUGGUGUACUUACAAUUUCACUAUUGAUGCUGAUAGCAAUCUGUGACCAAUAGUAAAUAGCAAAUGAUACAAGAAUGGUGCCCUAUAAAUAAUACAUAAAGUAUUUAUUAAUAAAUGGGUAAUUAAUUACUACUCAGAGCCCUGUUAUUAUCCUGGGGUUUCCACUGAGAAAACCGAGGCUCAGGGUGCUAAUACUUUGCGUGAGAAAAACACCAGGGACCAGUGAACCUGACCUGUGGACUCCAGCAGCCAUCUUUCCAGAACUGCAAGGUCUAUUUUCCUGGGGCCUGGAGGCCACACCUACCUCCCCUUCCUCUGACAUGGUGGGAGGAGCAAAUGUAGGGGGAGGAGCUUAGAAGUGGGAGAGAAGGAAGUGGUAGGUGGAAGAACAGGUCAGAGUAAGGGUAGGUGCAAAGGUCCUGGGGCAGGAAGUGCUGGACGUGGACAAGGAAAUGAAAGCAAACCUUAGGAUGAAUGGUGCUAGAUGGCAGAGAGGAGUCAGGAGAGUGGGAAGGCGUUGCCUGUGGUCCCCCCAGUACUGGGCAGGUGCUGGAGGUUUUGGUGUGACUCCUGAGCUCCUCUUCCCACGAAGUGGACAGUGGGUUGCAAAGAGUUAGGGAGGUUGUUGCGUUGCCGCCGUGGAGGAGCAUCAGGUCUGAUCCGAUUCAAAGUGUCCACCUGUGCGGUGGCGUUUGUUCAGGGUCUGGACAGUGGGAAGGAAGGGGUGAGCCAAGGACGACUUGUAAUUCUUUUUUUUUUUUUAUUUAAAAUUUUUUAUUUUCUUAAUGCUCACAAAGUAUACAUAACAAAAUAGAGCAUUUAACUUGAGGAGUAGAUGUUAGUGGCAUUAAGCACAUUCUCAUUGUUAUUCAGCCGUCACCACGGUCCAUCUCCAGAACCAGUCAGUGGUUCCCAGCUGACACUCUGUCGCCUCCGAAGAAUAGCUCCCCACCCCCCUCCGUGAGCCCGGCACCCAGGUCCUCCUUUCUGCCUGUCCAGUUGUCUCAUAUGAGUGGAAUCAUACAGAAUUGGUCAUUGUGUGUCUGAAUUAUUUUGCUAAGUGUGUUUUGAUGAGGUUUUUUUUUAUUAUUUGGGAAUAGAGGUUCCAAAAGCACAGGUCUGGCCUCAAAAGCACUAGGUUUGUGAUACCCAAGAGGUGCGCAGUAGGACUUGGAUUAGUCCUCAGCAGAGCUCAGAGGAGGUGUGGAUGGGAACAUCCAUUUGGGAUGGGUCAGCAUAGACAAGAGACUGAAAUCCAGGCUUCUGCGGCUCAAGGGAGGGCUCUUAAACUUGGGUUUGGGGGCCACUGCGGGCUUAAAUGAGGGGAGUGGACAGCUGCUUACCACUCCCUGUCCCUCUGUUGCUCCCAGGGAGGGAGGGCUCCGCGUGGCCAGAUCCCCACUUUUUCUUAUCAGAGUGUUGUGCAACGGCUCACAGUUUUUAGAUAUUGGGAUGAACUAUGAGGUCCAUAUGCAGAGUCCUGAACUCAGGACAGCCCCUAGGCUGGAAACAGAGAUUGAGGAACCCACAGGGCACACGCAAGAGGGGACUGGAGCGGCUGUGGUCAGCAGGGAGGGAUGAGUGUUUAAAGAGGAAGGGUGAGCAGUCAGCUGCCAGGGCCAGGACACUCCUGGGCAGCACAGGAAGGCAGGAGCUUGGCCGGGCAGUGGGGGGACGGGACAGCCGGCACCCACGUGAGAGUCCGCUCUUUUUUGUUUCUAAUAACCGUUGAUGCGUUGAGAAGCACAGCUGACUGGGGUCGUGCAGAAUGGGGCCUGGAAGCUAGGAGCCCCCCACCCCGUGCAGUGACUCCCCACUGGGUUUGUGGGAGCCUUUAACCUGUGCCUUACCCUCGGCCUUAGUCAUGGUGUACUUACAGUUUCACUAUUGAUGCUGAUAGCAAUCUGUUACCAAUAGUAAAUAGCAAAUGAUACAAGAAUGGUGCCCUAUAAAUAAUACAUAAAGUAUUUAUUUAUUAAUACAUAAAGAACCAUUCAAUUAAUUCAAUGGGUAAUUAAUUACUACCCAGAGCCCUGUUAUUAUCCUGGGGUUUCCACUGAGAAAACCGAGGCUCAGGGUGCUAAUACUUUGCGUGAGAAAAACACCAGGGGCCAGUGAACCUGACCUGUGGACUCCAGCAGCCAUCUUUCCAGAACUGCGGAAAGUGGAGAGCUGCUUACCGCAGCCUUCCUCUCUCUCCAGGUGCCUGUCCUCCCAGCUCAGCUCUGCUGGCCGCCGCCUUUGCACCCACUCCCAAGGGGACCUUUCUCCCUCUACUGACCCCCGUAAACCUCACUAUCUCACUUCCUCCUCUGUCCCCAUGACAGGCUGUCUCCUGCUCUCAGGCUGUGCCUUGUUUCACCUUGGGAAGGUCCUCCCUCCCAGCUGGUUAACCACACGUGUGUCGUCAUCUCCUUCCCCUCCCUCAGACUUGGAGACUAGACCUGAAAUGAAAGAAUUGGACCCACAGGAGGACAUUUGGGAGGACAGAUGAUCCAUUGCAGUUGUGGCAGAAGGACCCACAAGGAAUGGUGCCCAGGAUUCUGCCUGUGAAGGAGCAGGGACACAGGGUGACCUAGUGGGGCAGCGACAGGGGAGCCCAAGGACUUCUCUGGGGUGCUUGGAUGUGUCCCAAAAGUUAGCCCAUGAAUGCUUUGAAUUUAAGGCGUUUGUCCACCAAAGCCCCCUGCCAGACCCACUGAGACCUGAAGGACUGAGAGGAGCGGGGACGCACCCGUUCACCAUGUGUGGGAAGGACUCGGGUACUUCAGGCCUCAGUCCUCCCUCCAAACUCCAUGCAGAGAAGCCCUAUGAGUGUGGAGACCGCAGCAAAGCUUUCAGCUAUAAUUUGUCCCUGAAAGACCAUCAGCGAGUCCACACCAAGGAGAAGCCCUUCUCAUGCAUCACGUGUGGGAAGCAGUUCACCUGGACGGCGUCCCUCACCAUCCACCAGCGUGAGCACACUGGGGAGGAGCCCUUCACCUCUGGGGACUGCGGAAGGGUCUUCAGCAGGAACGAGUGGCUCCUCGUGCACCAGAGGACUCUCGGGGGCGAGAAGCCGCUCACGGUCCCGGAGUGCAGCGAGGCUUUCAGCCACAACUCAAUUACGGGUCAACGGCAUGUGCACUCUGGGGAGAAGCCAUACGUGUGCGUGGACUGUGGGAAGGCCUUCCGCCAGAACAAGCACCUUACCGUGCACCAGAGCACUCACAGCGGGGAGAAGCCGUACACGUGUGGGCACUGCGGGAAGGCCUUCAGCCAGAAUAAGUACCUCACUGUGCACCAGAGGACGCACACUGGGGAGAAGCCAUUCACGUGCGGGGACUGUGGCAGGUCCUUCAGCCAGAGCAAGCAGCUCAUUGAGCACCAGCGAACACACACGGACGAGAAGCCAUUCAUGUGUCCAGAGUGUGGCAAGGCCUUCAACAGGAGCUCAUCUCUCAGGCUGCACCUGGGGACCCACACGGGCCAGCGGCCCUACUCCUGUGGCCGCUGUGGCAAGACCUUUAGCCAGAACACCUACCUGAUUGAGCACCAGCGCAUCCACAUGGGGGUAAAGCCCUCGAAGUGCAGCGUUUGUGGAAAGACUUUCAGCAAGAACUUCCUACUCACGCAGCACCUGCGCGUGCACACUGGCGAGAAGCCCUACAAGUGCGGCCGGUGCGACAAGGCCUUUGGCUGUAACUCAUCCCUGAAGACGCACCAACGAAUCCACACAGGGGAGAAGCCAUACGAGUGCAGGGAGUGCGGCAAGUCCGCUACCGUCAAAUCAAAAAUCCACCGCAAGCCUUACGAGUGCAGGGAGUGUGGCAAGGCUUUCCACUACAAACUGUGCCUAAACAUGCACCAACACACCCACACUGGGGAGAAGCCGUGCCACUGUGUGCAUUGUGGCAAAGCUUUCAGCUGUAACUUGAUUCUGAAGAAGCACCAACAAAUUCACACCGGAGAGAAGCCCUUCUCAUGCACCUUGUGUGGGAAGCAGUUCACCCAGCAGUCGAACCUCACGGUCCACCAGCGGGUGCACACCGGGUGAAGCGUUCCGUGUGUGGGGACUACGGCAAGGCCUUCAGCAGAGGGAUCGGCUCAUUGUGCAACAAGGACACAAAACGGGGAGAAGCCACCCGAGUGUGCCCUAGGCAGGGGUGCCUUCAGCCAGAGCACGCAUCUGGUGGAGCACCAGUGGACGCACUCGGCAAGAACGCCUGACCGAUCCACCACCAGUGCUUCCAAAAGGGGGUGAAGGCCUCCCAGUGCAGCCUGUGUGGAAGGACUUGCAGCAAGGACUUCCUCAUGGAACACCUGUGCUUGCACCUGAGGACAGGCCCAACAGGUGCUCCGUGUGAGAUGCACUUGACAGAGCGCUCGUUCCCGCGGCACACGGCCACUCCUGGGAGAAGCCCGACAGGUGCAGCCAGGGUGGCGCGGCCUUUAUUAGGAACUACGUGCUCACCCUGCACUAGAGGAUCCAGAGGGGAGAGAUGUUCAGCCUGAACAUCUACCUCUGGGACACCCGAGAAGGAUGCGUCCCUGCUGGGGUGGGGGGAGCAUGGGAUGUCAAAAUUCACACCCAACAGGGUGGUCCUGAGCCCAUGGGCCACUGCCAGGCUUGACAUUGGAGCUUACAGGUAGGACUCGAGAGAAGUCCUGUUCAGAUGGGUACCGGGCACCUGGGCUGUGCGGAGAGGCCACGCCAUACCCACAAGCCGCUUCUAGAGCAUCUGCAGGGCCAUGAGGGAAGCAAGCUCCCUGUAGGUCUGGCAUCUGGGAGCGUGGCCAGGGGCUCAGCGGCUGGAGACUGAGCUCAGCUACACUGACAUAGGAGCUGGGAGAAUGCAGUCAGUGUCUCCGGGUCUCCAUCCCCUGGGUUGUAAAGUGGGGGAGGGGAAGAAUUUUCACACCCAGCCUCCAGUGUCCCCGCAACAGGAGCAGUGGCCAAGUGGUUCAUGAGGGGAAAAAAGUUCUUUUUGUCGGCAUUAGAAAGUGACAGGUAAUUGCUUCAAAUGCCAAAGUUUCACAUAGUGAUCUGUUCAAUUAUUUUUAAUAAAACUUCUAAUUAAUGGAAUCCAAUGCCAUUUUUAACACUCAUCAGGGGUAGAUGAUACAGGUACAGGUAGUCCUGUCAAAAAUGAGUAUCAUGAGUGUCAGCGCCUGGCGGGAGGGGGCGUGAAUUCCCCACCAGAACCCCAGAAAGCCAGCAAUCCUGUCCCAGGUAUGAGAACACCUGCCCCUCCCAGCCCCGGAUUCCUGGCUUGGGAAUGGUCAGACCAGAAGGCUGGGCCCAGAGCCUCAGCCUCAAAGAUGGGGGGAAGGGUCCCCCUUGUUGUGAGCCAGCCAGGCUGCCCCGUCCCUCCCCUCAGAGCUGCCUCCCUUACAGGAAAACAGCCCCAUCUCAGACCAUAGGCCAUCCCCCGCCACCUGGUGCCCGAGGGAAUUCUUGCGAAAAUAAAGUGCCUUCAUCAGGCGGGGGGCAUUACCUUGUCCGUGCCCCACAGCCCAGGUCAUGGUGUACUUGACUUUCAUUAUUGAUGAUGAUAGCGAUCUAUUACCAAUAAUAAAUAGCAAACAAUAUAAGAAUGGUGCUCUGUUAACAACACUACAUAAAGUAUUUAUUAAUAAAUGGGUAAUUAGCCCUGGCUGGUGUAGCUCAGUGGAUUGAGCGUGGGCCUGGGAACCAAGCAACCACAGUUCGAUUCCCAGUCAGGGCACAUGCUUGGGUUGCAGGCCAGUUCCCAGCAGGGGACACAUAAGAGGCAACCAUACAUUGAUAUUUCUCUCCCUCUCUU